AUGAAGAAAUGGAGCAGCACAGACUCGGGGGCGGCUGCGGACCCACUCCAACAGGACACCUGCCCAGACCCCCUGGAUGGAGACCCUAACUCCAGGCCACCUCCAGCCAAGCCCCAGCUCUCCACGGCCAAGAGCCGCACCCAGCUCUUUGGGAAGGGUGACUCGGAGGAGGCUUUCCCGGUGGAUUGCCCUCACGAGGAAGGUGAGCUGGACUCCUGCCCGACCAUCACAGUCGGUCCUGUUAUCAUCAUCCAGAGGCCAGGAGACGGCCCCACCGGUGCCAGGCUGCUGUCCCAGGACUCUGUCACCGCCAGCACCGAGAAGACCCUCAGGCUCUAUGAUCGCAGGAGUAUCUUUGAAGCCGUUGCUCAGAAUAACUGCCAGGAUCUGGAGAGCCUGCUGCUCUUCCUGCAGAAGAGCAAGAAGCACCUCACGGACAACGAGUUCAAAGACCCUGAGACAGGGAAGACCUGUCUGCUGAAAGCCAUGCUCAACCUGCACGACGGGCAGAACGACACCAUCCCCCUGCUCCUGGACAUCGCGCGGCAGACGGACAGCCUGAAGGAGUUUGUCAAUGCCAGCUACACGGACAGCUACUACAAGGGCCAGACAGCGCUGCACAUCGCCAUCGAGAGGCGCAACAUGGCCCUGGUGACCCUCCUGGUGGAGAACGGAGCAGACGUCCAGGCUGCGGCCCAUGGGGACUUCUUUAAGAAAACCCAAGGGCGGCCUGGAUUCUACUUCGGUGAACUGCCCCUGUCCCUGGCCGCGUGCACCAACCAGCUGGGCAUCGUGAAGUUCCUGCUGCAGAACUCCUGGCAGCCGGCCGACAUCAGCGCCAGGGACUCGGUGGGCAACACGGUGCUGCACGCCCUGGUGGAGGUGGCCGACAACACGGCCGACAACACCAAGUUUGUGACGAGCAUGUACAAUGAGAUUCUGAUCCUGGGGGCCAAACUGCACCCGACCCUGAAGCUGGAGGAGCUCACCAACAAGAAGGGAAUGACGCCGCUGGCUCUGGCCGCCGGGACCGGGAAGAUCGGGGUCUUGGCCUAUAUUCUCCAGCGGGAGAUCCAGGAGCCUGAGUGCAGGCACCUGUCCAGGAAGUUCACCGAGUGGGCCUACGGGCCCGUGCACUCCUCGCUGUACGACCUGUCCUGCAUCGACACCUGCGAGAAGAACUCGGUGCUGGAGGUGAUCGCCUACAGCAGCAGCGACACCCCUAAUCGCCACGACAUGCUCUUGGUGGAGCCGCUGAACCGACUCCUGCAGGACAAGUGGGACAGAUUCGUCAAGCGCAUCUUCUACUUCAACUUCUUGAUCUACUGCCUCUACAUGAUCAUUUUCACCAUGGCUGCCUACUACAGGCCCGUGGAUGGCGUGCCUCCCUUUAAGAUGGAAAAAACUGAAGACUAUUUCCGAGUAACUGGAGAGAUCCUGUCUGUGUUAGGAGGAGUCUACUUCUUUUUCCGAGGGAUUCAGUAUUUCCUGCAGAGGCGGCCAUCGAUGAAGACCCUGUUUGUGGAUAGCUACAGUGAGAUGCUUUUCUUUCUGCAGUCACUGUUCAUGCUGGCCACCGUGGUGCUAUACUUCAGCCACCGCAAGGAGUACGUGGCUUCCAUGGUGUUCUCCCUGGCCUUGGGCUGGACCAACAUGCUCUACUACACCCGCGGUUUCCAGCAGAUGGGCAUCUACGCCGUCAUGAUAGAGAAGAUGAUCCUGAGAGACCUGUGCCGUUUCAUGUUCGUCUACGUCGUCUUCUUGUUUGGGUUUUCCACAGCGGUGGUGACGCUGAUCGAAGACGGGAAGAACGACUCCCUGCCGUCUGAGUCCACGUCGCACAGGUGGCGGGGGCCUGGCUGCAGGCCACCCGAUAGCUCCUACAACAGCCUGUACUCCACCUGCCUGGAGCUGUUCAAGUUCACCAUCGGCAUGGGCGACCUGGAGUUCACCGAGAACUACGACUUCAAGGCUGUCUUCAUCAUCCUGCUGCUGGCCUACGUAAUUCUCACCUACAUCCUCCUGCUCAACAUGCUCAUCGCCCUCAUGGGUGAGACUGUCAACAAGAUCGCACAGGAGAGCAAGAACAUAUGGAAGCUGCAGAGAGCCAUCACCAUCCUGGACACGGAGAAGAGCUUCCUUAAGUGCAUGAGGAAGGCCUUCCGCUCAGGCAAGCUGCUGCAGGUGGGAUACACCCCUGAUGGCAAGGACGACUACAGGUGGUGCUUCAGGGUGGACGAGGUGAACUGGACCACCUGGAACACCAACGUGGGCAUCAUCAACGAAGACCCGGGCAACUGUGAGGGCGUCAAGCGCACCCUGAGCUUCUCCCUGCGGUCAAGCAGAGUUUCAGGCAGACACUGGAAGAACUUUGCCCUGGUCCCGCUUUUAAGAGAGGCAAGUGGUCGAGAUAGGCACUCUGCUCAGCCUGAGGAAGUUCAUCUGCGACAGUUUUCAGGGUCUCUGAAGCCAGAAGACGCUGAGGUCUUCAAGAGUCCUGCCGCUUCCGGGGAGGAGUGA